AUGCAGAAGCGUAUCCAGUCGAUCAAUCCGCCCUGCGUUCCGUUUUUCGGCCACUACCUCUCCAACAUAUUCUUCUUCGAGGCCGGCAACAGCACGUUCGUGAAAUCACCUGGUGGUACAUCGAGUGAAGUACCGCGUACGGACACCUACGAUCCCCAGUCACCGCCGGCAUCAAACAAACGAGUACUGGUGCAGUUUCUGAAGUGUCGUCGAAUAUCGGACUUGAUUCGAGAGAUUCAAAUGUACCAAAAUCAACCGUACGCACUUCAAGUGGAGAAGAGCAUCCGGGUCCGUUUAUUUUUUUUAUUUUCCACUUUCGGGGGUAUCAGAAGUGGUUAG